CGUCAUAGGGGUGAGUGACGUCAGACAGGAACCAGCGAGCCUGACAAAUCAAGAUGGCGUCCCACGGCAGACCAGGAAAGAGAUUCCAUAAUAAAUAAAACAUAUUCGGCUGUAAUUGGAUUCGAAGCGGCGUACCAAUAGGAAACAGAGUCACGUUUGUAAGAGCAAAGUGGAGCAGAUACAGUGUACCUAAAUGGCUACAAGGAAGUCUGUAUCAGAUGCAUACAACAAUGGACCCAUCAGCUACCUUGAUGAUGUUCCCUUCAAGGUCAAUGAAAAGUUUCGCUGCCCUGCCAAAGUGGGUCUGCCUGUUGGCUUUUGUUUACCAGAAUGCGGCUUUUUGUUGGCAGACACAAAGUAUGACUUUUCUCUGGAAAAUCGGAGUGUACGUUGGGGGAUUGAACUGGCUGAGGCCCGGGCAGCAGAGGCUCGAGCAGAAGAGGUCACAGCCCAACAGGCGGGCGAAGACUCUGCUCAAGCGCAGGACGUUAAUGGUAGCGGAGGAAAGCCACGGUCUGCUCUAGACGACCAGGACCCUCUCCCGCCAGCAAUGAACCCUGUUCUGGCAGGACUGAGCCAUGAUGCUAUCCUAACUCCUCUUCCUGCUCCAAGUCUUGGUCCGAGGAAAAUCCAACCGAGCAUUCCUCAGCCGCAUAGCCUCAACCUUGCUGACUUUGAGCGGGAAGAGGACCCCUUUGACAAGCUGGAGCUUAAAACAUUGGACGAUAAAGAGGAGCUUAGAAACAUUCUCCAAAGCCAGCCUCAACCUGCUCCUUCUGUAUCUCCACCAGAAGUGUCCCAGCUGGGGCCAACUUCACGUGGAAACAGCCCAUCUCCUCCCACCAGCACCAGCCUCCCGGCCAAACCUGGCUUUGCCCAUAAACCCAAUGGCUUAGUUUCCCUACUGGAUAUGGACAAAGUUGGGCAUCAUGGGAGAUCAGGGUAUGAAGCAGAAGAUCGACCCUGCAACAUACGCUCUCUAACUUUUCCCAAACUUUCGGAUUCUGGUGAUUCCGAUCCAGUAAGAUACAGCCCAUUCCAUGCACCCAUCCCUGCUCCCCGACACAACCUACCCAAUGGCAGCCCCCCAAUCCUACCAACAUCCCAAGUCAUUGUUGCCCCUGAGCCGCUCAGCCUUGACAAGGGUGGUGGACCCAAACCGGGAAACUCUGUGUCAGGCUCUGCUGGUUUGCCAUGUGGAGGGGCCCUGCUUAGCAUGACCCCCAGCGAGCGUCAAUGUGUAGAAACCCUGGUAGGCAUGGGGUAUUCCUAUGAGGGUGUUCUUCGGGCCAUGCAAAGACAAGGGCAGAACGUGGAGCAGGUACUGGAUUAUCUCUUUGUCCAUGGACGAUUGUGUGAGCGAGGCUUCGAUGCAAGCGCAGUGGAGGAAUGUUUAGAGAUGUACCAAUGCUCAGAAGAAAAGGCAUUGCAGUUUCUUGAGCUCAUGUCAAGAUUUGGCGAGAUGGGAUUCAAGCGGGAAGCCAUCAAAGAAGUGCUACUGGUCCACAAUAACGAUCAGGACAAGGCACUAGAGGACCUGAUGGCUCGGGCCGCAGCAAGCUGAGCAAAGCCAAGGAAGCAAGGAGUGCAGGGCCUGACUCCUGGUAGUACCCUCCACAGCCCCCUUUCUUCCUGCCACACCUGCUGUAGGAGUGUCUCCAGCACUUCUUUAAGACUGUGCCAAGAGUAUCAGUACGUCACAGCAGUGUUUGUUGUCGGUGGAAAUAAAGCCAACUGGUACUGCCCGGAUAAUAAGGAGUGGGGUGGAGAAUUUGGGCUGUGGCAAGUUUAUAUUUGCUUCCGGUUGGAAGUGUUGAGCAGGUGAAGCUGCAGGCCAGAGUUGUGAUGAACUAGUCACUCAUAAAAGUUGCAGAACAGCUAAGCUGCUCAGUGCACUUUUCCAGUCAGAAGUGCUGGAGGCUUUCUGGAAACAAAGUCCAAAAGGAUAGCAGUCAAAAACCAGUCUUUUGAAUUUGGAUUGAGGAUUUUCAUCCUAGGUCUUCAAAAAUAAGCGAUGCUACCUGAACUAGUUCGCUUUUCAACCUGCACUGGAAAUAAUAACCCCCCCUUGAUCCAACUACACCCUGCUGGCAUGGACCCACACACACACACACACACACACAUCAUUCAGAUAUUUAAAACCUACACCGACACUUUUAUUUCAACACAUAGUUUGAUGUAAUGUAAGCUAUAAUCAUUUACUUUAAGCAACUCUUAGCUUUCUUUUCUUUGCACACUGGAAACGUGAAUGGCGGUGAGAAAUACAGAACAGGCCAAAAGUUUGGACACGCCUCUUUAUUUCCAUGACUAUUUACAUUGUAAAUUGUCACAUCAAAACUAUGAACACAUGGAGUUAUGUACUUAACAAAAAAAGGAGAAAUAACUGAAAACAUGUUUUAUAUUCUACUUUUUUCAAAAUAGCCACCCUUUGCACUCUUGGCAUUCUCUCCAUGAGCUUCAAGCUCACUUGUGAAGUGAAAACUAUUUCAGGUGACUACCUCUUGAAGCUGAUGGAGAGAAUGCCAAGAGUGUAGAAAGCAGUAAUCAGGGGAAAGGGUGGCUAUUUUGUAGAAACGAGGAUUUGUUUUCAGUUAUUUCACCUAUUUUUUUGUUAAGUACAUAACUCCACAUGUGUUCAUUCAUAGAUUUGAUGUAAAUAGUUAUGAAAAUAAAUAAAAUGCAUUGAAUGAGAAGAAGGUGUGUCCAAACUUUUAGUCUGUACUGUAUAUAUGUUCAUGUUUUCCAGCCACCUUUCCGUGCAAUAGAGACACUUCAUGUUCUAUAACGAUGAGGCCCUCUAAUUGAAAUAGUCUGUUUUGAUUUAAGUUCAUUAUUUGAUUCCAUCAUUGGAUCCAAAUAAUCAGACAUGGCUUUUGUUUGGCAUAUUCAUACAUGUAUUUUUUAAACAUGCAAUGAGUAAUCAUUUGUCUUAAGAGUUAAUGUUUUCAGUUUCAGCUACCAAAAGUUACAAAAUCCCAUCUUUUAAUGGAUGUAAUACACAGAAGUGAGCGGGCUGUGGAGAUAUUCUCUGCAUUGUUUUCUUUUACCAAGCCGAUGUAUUUGUUGUUUAAAUGAAGGGCUGAUACUGUUUUAACAACUGUAAGGCCUAUUUCUCAACUGAUAUUGUGUCAAACCCCAUUUGCCUUGGAAAAAAGCGACCAUCUAAAUGAGGCUCAAAUUGGUCCAAACACCAGCUAUGCGUUUAAAAAAAAGCUACAUGAACCAGAGUGCUCAACAUAGCUAAGCCUCAAAUGUCGUUUUGGCAAAUCUUGCUUUGUGAUUCUAGGAAGUAACAAUUUGAAAGCAUUCUUCCAAUCAAUAUUCUUCACUUCUCAGUGAUUGCUAAGGUCACCAUCUUCUGUGGCUCUAUUGUACACCCUAAUUAUCAGCUUUGAUUAGACAUGUUAAUAGUGAUGUUCAUACCACUGAUUUUCUUUCCAAGCUGGUAUCAGCGACACUGAUAUACUUUACAGGCCAACAGUUUAGACACACUUUCUCCUCAUUCAAUGUGAUUUGUUUUGUUUUAAUGACUAUUUACAUUGUAGCUUGUCACAUCAAAUCUAUGAAUGAACACGUGGAGUUAUGUACUUAACACAAAAAUAACUGAAAAUAUGUUUUAUAUUCUAGUUUCUUCAAAUUAGCUACCCUUUGCUGAUUACUGCAUUGCACACUCUUGGCAUUCUCUCCAUGAGCCUCAAGAGGUAGUCACUUCACAGGUGUCAUAGUUUUGAUGUGACAAUCUACAAUGUAAAUAGUCAUGAAAAUCAAGAUAACGCAUUGACAUGAGAAGGUGUGUUCUAACUUUUGGCCUGUAUUUAAAAUAUAAACAAAGUGUAGUUAAUUAAAAUAAUACUAACAUCAAUGAACAGGAACAAUUACAACAAUCGUAAUAAACACUGUUAAAUAUGUAACCUAACAUUAAUAUUUUUGUACAGGCAAGAUUAUUUGACACUGUAAUGCAGUUACACAGUCUUAUUUUUAUUCUAUUCUUACGUGGGUAAAAAAAAAAAAUAAUCGGUAUGUAAUAAAAAAAAAAGCUCAAAUGUUCCAACUAAUAACAUACUUAGUCACCUAUAAUACAAAUGUGACACACUAUCUGUUUUUAGGGUUUUUUCAAUGAAAAAAUGUCAAAUAUGUCCCCCUCAAACUUUGACUUUUCAGUGUGCGGCUCUGGGUUUAAAAAGUUUGGACACCCAUGAACUAAAGCAUAGCAAAAGUAUCGCUAUUUUGGUUGAAGAUGUGGAAUGGACCCGCACAGCACAACAUGUCACACAGUAGCUGUACCACAUACCCUGUCUUUCCAUUUAGUUCUACAUUGUUUUCUUCAUGCGUAAGAACUGAGUCUGCACCAGCAGUUUAGUGGUUUCUACAACUUACACCACACAGGCCAAUAAUUAAAGAUGAAGCCAGUUUGUUUACCAUUGAAUUGACACAAUUUGUUGUCCAUGUUUAAGGGUUUGCAUAUACUUCUUUUGUUUGAUCACACCAGGAACUGUGUUGGUUCCAACAUAUCUGCUGAUUCAUCUUAACCACUUCCUUGAUUGUGACUUACAAAUGUUCAACUGCUAAGGUCAAGAUGAUCAAAUAAGGAAAUGGUUUCAUCAAAGGCAAUUAAAUUCAAGCAGUGAGAGUCUUACUGGUAUGAUUUGUGAUGAACACUCAUGUGCCGCAUUCUUGUUUUUCCCUCCACUACUGAGUCAAUUUAGUCCAAGUGCAGCCAAAACAAGAUGAUUGUUCAUCCAUGCCUUUAUUCCUUGCUAUGAGGCACCCAGUUGCCUUCUUCUCACAUUAAAAUAUCAUUAUCCAUUGUUUUUUUCUGA